UGUGAAGCUGAGUUAACAAAAUUCAAAUUUCAGAGCGUGAAUCAGUUAUCUGUUAUUCUGCAUCCGUCAAUUUUCAGAGCGUAAACCAGUUCUCUGUUAUUGUGUUCUUCCCUCUCUGAGUUUAGGGAUUAGGUUUUCGUCAAUUUUGCGAUUUGAAAAGAGAUUGAGAGGCUGGGUUAGCAAAAUUCAAAUUUCAGAGCGUGAAUCAGUUAUCUCAGAGAAACAUGGCAAAAUCCUACGAGCGAUCCAGAACUACUAUAAAUGAUUUAGGAGAUGAUAUUUUGGAGAAUAUCAUGGAGCGCUUGCCGUUCAAAUCCUUCAUGUCGGCGGCCGAUGUUAGCAGGCGCUGGAAGAAAGUAUGCACAUGCAUUCUUUCGUAUCCUAGAUUCUCCUCUGCCGUGUCUUUUAAUCCCAUCCUUGAGGGAGCUGUGGAUGAAGUUGUCGACAAGAUUUUGUCGAAACCGAUCUCCCCUCAGUUUGUACUGGUCUCUGUUUGUCCCUGUUUUAAUUUGAAAGAUGUUCUUCGACUAAUACAAGAUAAAUUGGGUUCCGAUAUCCCUAUAAUUCUCAAUGUGGUUGAGGGACUCAUUGGCAGGGAUGCUCUGACAAAUGAUUUUAACGAGGUACAAUGGCAAGCACUCAAGGAAGUGUCUGGGGGCAUUAUGUUAACAGUUGGGCGCUUGCCGGGACUGAAGGCCCGUGUAAUUCCUUUACUUCGACGAAAGUUUCAGGGAGAUCAAAGCCUUCUUCUUGAUCAAUUUGUUACGGAUAUCAGAGAAGCAACACUCGCUGAUUCAGAUUGUACAUCACCUGCUGGAAUCAUAUUGUUUGCUGACGGGAGAAGGGACAUCGAACCUGUUCUUCAAAAAAUCGGAUGUGCUUUUCCUGAGGAUACUGUCGUUGUGGGAGAUGGAAGUAGUCGAGAACUAAUGUGUGGGAGUUAUAACUGGCCGAAAAACUCCCCAUAUACUCCAGUUGCAAUAGCCUUAGUAUUGACUAAGGAUACGAGCCAACCAUUAGAUUUUGGUCAGACACAAUUUAGGGUUAUGGUAUCAACUGCCACGUCACCAGUUGGUACGAUGAAAAAGAGCAGCUGCGUUGUUUUCGGCGGAUUUGUAUUCUGCUCAAAGUAUCGUGCGCAAUCGAGUGACAAUUCCACCUUUUUAACUUCUUUCCCAGAGGUUGGUUUCGGUGGAAUCUACUGUUCGAAGGAAGUAGGCAAUGGCAUAUUGCAUUAUUGCAGUUGCGUUUAUCUUCUCAUCUUCAGUCCAUUAAAAUAGGAAUAUAGUGAUAGUUAUACUCUGUACAUUUGGUGGUUAUAUACGUAAUGACGGUAGCUAUGGACUAAUAUUCUGUGUAAAUUUGGAGAUUUGAGAAACGGAUAUGACCGUAGCAAUGGACUUAUAUUCUGUGUAAAUUUGGAGAUUUGAGAAACGGAUUUGACCGUAGCUAUGGACUUAUACUGUGCAAUAACAGGAAAAUAUUGAAUAGCUUUUAUUACAAUUUCUUUUUGUGUU